AUGAUAUCGUUGUGGGAUAUUGGUACACUAUCAUCGUUUGAUCGUAGAGCACAUGGAUUCCAAAAGUGGAUCUCUUUCCCUAAUCUUGAGACUUUGUUUGUGAGAAGAAGCCUCCUGGAAGAAAUUCCACCUGGGUUCUUCCAAAAAAUGCAUUUGGUACGAGUUCUUGACUUGUCAUAUAAUUAUCGCCUGGACAGGUGUUGGCAGGUUAAUCAAUUAGCUAACCUGGAAUAUCUUAACAUGUCAUUUACAAAUAUAUGCGCACUGUGGGGUAUUGUUCAAGGAUUGAAAAAAUUAAGGUAUUUGAUACUGAAUUUUACGCCUGUCAAAGAAAUCACUCCAGGAUUGAUAUCGGAUCUUUCAUCCUUGCAAUUGUUCAGCAUGCAUGGUGGCAGCCACAAUUCAGACGAGAUUCGCCUCUUUGAUCGGAUUUGUGAAGACAAUAUUCUCUGUGGUGGUAAAAAAGCUUUAUUGCAGGAGUUGGAAAGCUUGGAGUACAUAAAUGAAAUCUCUAUCAUUCUGCAUAGCGAUGUCUCUGUCAAAAAAUUAUUGAGCUCCUAUAAGUUGCAGAGCUGCAUAAGAAAGCUACACCUUCAAUGCUGCAGCAAAAUGACCUCACUCGAACUAUUGCCUGCGUGUGUGCAAACAAUGGUGCAUCUGGAGACGCUUCAGAUAAGUAGUUGUAACGAUCUGAAAGACGUGAAAAUUAAUGAGAAAGACAAAGGGAAGCGAGAAUUCAUAUCAAGAUAUAGUAGGGUUCUUUCAGAGUUCUGCAUGCUUCAUGAAGUACACAUUAUUUCUUGCUCCAAAUUGCUCAACUUGACAUGGCUUAUUCAUGCUCCAUGUCUUCAAUUGCUUGCUGUCAGCGCUUGUGAAUCAAUGGAAGAAGUGAUCGGUGACGAUGAUGGAGGCGGUAGAGCUUCAGUCGGAGAAGAGAAUUCAGGGUUAUUCUCAAGACUCACAACUCUACAAUUGGAGGGUCUGCCAAAGCUGAAGAGCAUCUGCAACUGGGUCUUGCCUCUUCCUUCCCUGACAAUGAUUUAUGUUCACUCCUGUGAAAGCCUGAGGAAGCUCCCAUUUGAUUCCAACACUGGAAAGAACAGUUUAAAGAAAAUCCAAGCAGAACAAAGUUGGUGGGAAGGGUUGCAGUGGGAGGAUGAAGCCAUUAAGCAGAGUUUCAGUCCAUUUUUCAUGCCUUUAGAAUAUAUGGAUCUCUAUCAGGUCUUAGGAUAUGGUUAUUGA